AUGGACAAUCGGAUAUACUUAAUUUUCGUGAUAUCGGCGCAAUUUUGCCUCACAUCUUCUCAAAUUUACAAUGGCGGUCAGAAAGCAGUCGCAGCUCCCGCUGGGAAUUUCAUAACGCAGACUGUAUAUGGAUUCCUUGACUUCACGACAACGAUAGGCAACACAGUUAUGGUUUUCUCUCCACAAUCUGCUCCACCACCAGAACCUCCGGCGACCGAAAAGUCAGUGCAAGAAAAUAUCAUCGAAACGAAACCACCACCAAUUAAUAAUGUAAGGCCAGAAGCGAUAAAACCAAGCAAAACGACGGACAAAGACAAAACCAACAAAGCUGGUAUACCUAUUAUUGCAUCCAGUGCGAUAUCAGUGGUGACAUCUCCACCAAAAAAAGACGAAAAAAAUCUAAAUGUACCAAAAUCGACAGCAAAAGAGGUAAAAAAUGUCAUAACCAAAGUUGAAGUCUUUGCUGGGCCUUCUAAAAUUGUAGAAAAUAAUUCCGCUAAACCGCAGCCUUCUAAGUCUAAUAAACAACAAUCACAACAAAAUAAACAACAAUCAAAUAAAAAACAAACUGUAAAGAGUGUUACAAAUAUUGUAAGCAGCAAAGUAGAAGUUAAACAAAAUAUUUCCCCAUCCUCCAUUAUCAGCUCCAAAGUCAGCGUUGUAAACAAUAAAAACAGUCCACCAGAAGAACCGGCAAUUUUAGUUUCUAAUAACAUUGGUGAACCUGAAUAUGACUAUCUUUCUCGUCAACCGUCAGAGUUUGUAGAGGAAACUUACAGAGUAAUCAAUAUACGUCCAUCAAAAGCUCACUCCCCUAAGCCGAAAUCAGGUCCGAAAAAUAGGCAUCACCCAACGCCUCCUCCUGAUGAUGACGAUCGUCCUCUAGGUCUUGUUACCACUCUAGGGGGAACAAUUGUUAAGGAUGGUCUUACAACUGUUCAUGAAACAAGCGUGAUAGGUACCUAUAUAUCUGGAAAGUAUGCCCAGGUAUUAAACAGUAACUCAAAAAUAUUAUCGCCUGGUAACAAAGGUAAAAUAUCUCCAAGUCCUACACAUAGAAUUGUUAAGACAGCUGCACCCGGUGCUACAAAGAAUCAUAGACAUUUGGAGCCAACGCCUUCUAUAAGCGAUGAAGAUAGUAGUUUUAGCAAAACUACGCGAAGACAAACGGGUAACGGAAAUUCUUUUAAAAAUCGGCAUCGAUCUCAAAAUAAUGAAAACGAUAACGUUGAACUGUCGCAACCAAGUCAAAGCAAAAAGUUUAAGAACAGAAAUUCUUCUAAUUCUCAACGAUCACAAAGUACACGAUUUCGUCGACUACCAAACUCGCCUCAACUGGCUACCGUAUCUGUUUUCAGUGAACCUUCAACUUCAUCCCCAUCGUACUCUAAUAGAAGGAAAAAUAAUCGUAGUUCUGGUCAAAAAACCACUGUAACUCCUUCAAGCAACGGUGAAAAACGUGGAUUUAAAAAUCGCGUUCAACCAUCACCAGUAGAACAAGUGACUCCCGCAACAUCUAGUAUACAUAAGUUUAAAUUAAAUAGGUCACCAGGUUCUGGUCGCUGGCAAUACAAAACAAGUCCUAAACCUAAAGUAACAAUUAGAAAAAUUACCGGAGAUGACGAACAACCAACCACACCGAGCACAAAUCCUUUAGUCGACGAUAAUCAAACGAACGAUGUUUCGCCACAAGCACGAUCUGAUAACGAUUUAGAGCUCUCAAGUUCUCAAAAUGGCCCAGGUACUUUAGCUGAUAAUGAUUCUGAGGAUAAUUCCAUUGAGAAACCACCACCAGUCGAAACUCUCAAAGUGGAAAUAUCAACUCCAGCUGACUUUAAAGAUGUUUAUUACGAAAUUGCUACUCUUAAAUCGCCAUAUGUUUUUCAGGUUGGCCGAGUAAAAAAUACACGUAUUAUUACAGUGACAUCGACUAUUGAAAAGAAAAUUGAACCAACAUUUAUUAUUAAUUCUCAAAGUACUCUCAACGAACCCCUAACAGAAAAUAUUUUAGCAACUGCCUCUCCUUAUGGCAAAGAUCACUAUCUUUUAGAUUCCAGUAUAGCUACACUACCAGCAAUAACACUCUCAUCAGAUGUAGAAACUCCACCUUUAGAAACUGUUACUGAAACAUUUAGUACCACUCAAAACAUGCUUAAAACUCAUAUUUUGCCAAUAGUACGUGAUGCUAAUCUUACCAGCAGCCUUACCUUUAUACAAACCUAUCAAGUCACAAGAUUUGUAACUGCUACAAAAACAUUGCCACCAAUGGACUUCUUCCAAUUUAUUCCAAGCAAAACACUUAAAGAAUUUAACAGCAAGUUGGACGAAGCUGGUUCAGAACUUCAUUUAGAAUUAGAUUUUGGUGACAGUAAUGAAGACGAAGAUGGUGUACCUCGUCGCGUCUUCCCCCCAGACUUGGAUUUAGCCAACAUCGGAUCAAACUUUGAUCUUACCGAAAUUGACAAAUACAGAGAUAAUCAUUUGAGAUUGAAGAAAGCUCACGGUCAAAGUAAAGGAAAUCAAGUGACGGAGACACCGAAUCCUUCAACCGCAGCAUUGUCUCCUGAACAAGCUCAACAGUUAGCCCUGCUUAGACUUCUUAACCCAGCAGCCGCCGCACAAAUUCCUACUGUGGUUACAACUUCAAAACCGAUUCUGACAUAUGAGACAGUGUACGAAUCUUUUGUAGUACCCAUUUUUAAUGGCAAAAGUAGCGUUCAAAGCACAAUAUCUCGGCCCGUCAGCACAGUAACUAAAACAGAAUACGAAAUUGGUACUAGCAGCUUGCCAGCCCUGCCUAUUAAUCCGCUUUAUCCCCAACAACAGCAGUUCACAGUAACUUCAACGCCAGUUGUUUUAAACACAGAAGUUGUCGCGACGAAUAGUCAAGUUCUGAAACUGACGUUUGGUGGCAAGACGGUAUAUACGACAUUGUUCACAACUAAAGUUGUGCCAACUGUGUUGACGUCUUAUGUAACAUCGUCUGUGCUCGUUCAACCGAGCAUCGGUUUCCCGGGAUAUUUUCCAGCACCUUUUGCACCUUUCCCUUACGUCGGCUAA